GAGUCAGCAACUUCCCAGCGCCCGCUGAAACGCUCAGCAGCCCAGGGAGCGCAGAGCGCAGGCGCUGACAAGGACUGGGUGUUACGGGGCAUGCUGGGAAAUGUAGUUCGCACACUGCUGCCUGCCGACGGGGGCCCUUGGACCCCAGCCGUCAGCUGCACUACCAGUCCCAGAAUGCCCUGCGCGACGCUGCGAGCCGCCCCUGUUGAAGCGGGUGGCGGCGGAGGGGACCAAAAAAAACAAAACACAAACAAACACAAAAAAACAAAAAACCACACCGCAACCCCAAACGAGGAAAUGGUGCAGGGAGGGGGUUCCCGGCGCUGGGGGCGCUGAUCCCGCCGCGCCCCCCUCCCCCAUGGGUGAGCCAUGGACUACGAGUUCAAAUCCAAGCUGGCGGCCGAGCGCGAGCGGGUGGAGGAUCUGUUCGAGUACGAGGGCUGCAAAGUGGGGAGAGGCACCUACGGGCACGUCUACAAAGCGCGGCGCAAGGACGGAAAAGAUGAAAAGGAGUAUGCACUGAAGCAAAUUGAAGGUACAGGAAUAUCGAUGUCGGCCUGUAGAGAGAUUGCACUUUUACGAGAAUUGAAGCACCCCAAUGUGAUUGCAUUACAGAAGGUUUUCCUUUCUCACAGUGAUAGAAAGGUUUGGCUGCUGUUUGAUUAUGCCGAACAUGAUUUGUGGAUGAGCCUCUUUGGGAGGAGAUUAACUAAACGGAAAGACAAAGGAAAGGAGAGGGGACUGAAGUGGACAAAGCAGAAGAGAAGACAUAUUAUCAAGUUUCACCGUGCCUCAAAAGCAAAUAAAAAGCCCAUGCAGUUGCCAAGAUCUAUGGUUAAAUCACUACUCUACCAGAUCCUUGAUGGAAUCCAUUACCUCCAUGCAAACUGGGUGCUUCACAGGGACCUGAAACCAGCAAACAUUCUGGUAAUGGGAGAAGGUCCUGAAAGAGGAAGAGUCAAAAUAGCUGACAUGGGUUUUGCAAGAUUGUUCAAUUCACCUCUGAAACCUUUAGCAGAUUUGGAUCCAGUUGUGGUGACAUUCUGGUAUAGAGCUCCAGAACUGUUACUUGGUGCCAGACAUUACACAAAAGCAAUUGAUAUAUGGGCAAUUGGGUGUAUAUUUGCUGAGCUAUUGACUUCAGAACCUAUUUUUCACUGUCGUCAGGAAGACAUCAAAACGAGCAAUCCUUUUCAUCAUGAUCAGCUAGACCGCAUUUUUAGUGUAAUGGGAUUCCCAGCAGAUAAAGACUGGGAAGAUAUAAGGAAGAUGCCAGAAUAUCCCACACUUCAAAAAGACUUUAGGAGAACAACAUAUGCCAAUAGUAGCCUCAUAAAAUACAUGGAGAAACACAAAGUCAAGCCUGACAGCAAAGUUUUCCUUUUGCUUCAAAAACUUCUUACCAUGGAUCCUACAAAGAGAAUUACCUCAGAGCAGGCUUUGCAGGAUCCCUAUUUCCAGGAGGAUCCACUGCCUACAUCAGAUGUAUUUGCUGGCUGCCAGAUUCCUUAUCCAAAACGAGAAUUCCUCAAUGAGGAUGAACCCGAAGAAAAAGGAGAUAAGAAUCAACAGCAACAGAAUCAACAUCAGCAACAAACAGCACCUCAGCAGCAACCGCAAGCAGCACCUCAGCAACAGCAGCAGCAACAGCAAAACAGUACCCAGACAAAUGGGACUGCAGGAGGAGGUGGAGCAGGAGGAGGUGGCACUGGGGCAGGACUUCAGCACAGCCAGGACUCUAGCCUCAAUCAGGUGCCUCCAAAUAAGAAACCACGCAUAGGGCCUUCAGGCACUAACUCAGGCGGGCCUGUCAUGCCUUCAGAUUAUCAGCACUCCAGUUCACGCCUGAGUUACCAAAGCAACAUUCAGGGAUCUUCUCAGUCCCAGAGUACAAUGGGCUAUUCCACAUCAUCUCAACAGAGCUCUCAGUAUCAUCAGUCUCAUCAGUCUCAUAGGUACUGAGACCUAAUAGACUGCGCUUAGAAAGGAAUGGACUAUAAGUCAAAAGACUCCAGCAAUAUGAAGUUCCUAACAAUGAGAAGAACCAAAAAUGCAAACUGUGAUACAGAUUUAAAAUUCACAAUUAUAAAAGGAAAACUUUAUUUACUGAA